CAGAGAACAAGGAAGCAACAUGUGCUCACCAUAAUAACUCCUACACAGCAGCCCAGGCAGCCACGAGUCUAGAGACAGGAGACAAGGAGGCGAGGAGGCUCAAGAGUAUUCUGCGACUGGACACUUAUCAGCUCACCAUGAAAAGAGAGGUGGCGGCUGGAGUGAACUUCCUCAAAAGCCUGGCUGUGGCACGUGGCAAGCUCAGUGAAGCCAAAGCAGAACUGUUUGCCGAGAAGCUACAGAAACUUCUAUGCAACAAAUAUGAUGACCACUGGUACCCUGGCUGCCCCAGCAAAGGCCAGGCAUACAGAUGUAUCCGGGUAAAUAACAGAGCCGUCUGUGAUGAAGUGAUCCUGAAGGCAUGCGAGCAGAGUGAUCUCACACCCAGUGAACUAGGCUUUCCGCGUGAGAUCACACUGUGGAUCGACCCUCUGGAGGUGUGUGCCAGAUCUGCAGAGAACGGCCCGCCAUUCACAGUUGCCUGUUUCGAAGAGGAAGGCGUGGAGGGAAAACCGUCCGACUCUUCGGCGGACCUGGUAAAUCUGGACACGUCAGAUUACCACUCUGGUACUUCUUCGGAUUGUAGUUCCACUGCGUCGAGCGACACGGAGGAGGAGGCUAAAGAUGGCGAGACGGAAGGAGGGCAAAAAAAAGAAGAGAAGGAGGUCGUCAAGAAGGAUGCAGCGGAAAGCAACGCCUACGCGAUAGCAAUGGUUCCCAGGAUUCGUAAGCGGCGCGAGAAAGGACCGAAUAAGAUUAAAUACGUCAGACAGAUGGUCCCUGCCAGCCUCCAGUACUUCUACCACCCUGCACCAGUGUGGCCUCAGUACCAGAAGGCCGCUCCUGUGUUUCUCAAUGCAGUGUGCGCACCUCCGCUGCAUCCUCCUCUGCCCCAGCAGGUAUUUAGCUACUACAUUGUGCAGCAGCAAUCUCCUCAGUUCAUUCUGCCUCAGGCCGCUCUGCAGCCGUGGGGAGCUGUGAAGGGAUAGACCGUCCAGGAAGUGUGGGGUGCAGGUGGAUAGAGCACCUUCAACUGAGCCAUGUCGCGCCCAGCUCUAAAUUCAGCUAACCGUGGGCCAAAAAAUUUACUUUUUUAAAACUGUUUAUCUCAUACUCUUUAUUGUCAGCUAUUACAUUCUUAUUUUUAUUUUUUUAUGGGUUGCUUUAACUAUGUUUUAAUCUGUUUUAUUUGUUUUUACUAUAUGUGUGGCACUCUGAGAUUCUUUGAAGGAAGAGUGCGAUAAAAAUGAAAUGCAUUAUUAUUAUUAUUAUUAUCUCAAAUGAUAGCUUGUACUCUGUCAGGUCUGCAUUGCAAAUUUAUUUUCUUCACAUGCUGUAAGCGUUGAGAAUGACUUCAAUCACUGGGUGUUUGGGCUAACUCAGGACAUCUCAGCAAUACCCUUCACACCAAAUAGUUGUCUUUUCAAGUCUUAUUUAUCUUAUUAUGUCUUUCUCAUUGUACUCUCUCUGACUAAAUAUGAUCCAUGGUGUGUUCAUCACAGUUAAUCAAUGUAAAAUGUGAUUCAGGGGGUUAUUCUAUUGUAGCAAGAGUGACAAUAUCUGUAUUUUAAGAAUAAUAUUUUACUAAACUGCUUGUAAAUAAUACAGAACUUGGAUACCUUAUGAUGCACAUUUUUUAAUCUCACUGUCUUUUUGUUGUAAUGUAUUUGGCCACCAGUGGGUGGCAGUCAACCUAUAGCUAACACAUGAAAUUGUAUAUUUUUGUAUGAGCGUUGGCUGUUUUUUAUAAAUCUAACCUCACAGAUAACCAACAUGAUUUUAAAUAGCUUAAACUCUCUUUUAUGUUCGUACAAUGUUUUGAUCUUCAAGUGUAUCUUACACAGCCUGCUUAAUGUUUGUUUUUUUACAGAUAACUUUCUUUGCUAUGGAAAUCUGCUAUACAGCUAUAUAUAAAUCCUGAAUUGUUUUCACCCACUGACUUGCUUAAACUGUGAUUUUUUAAAUAUAUUGAUGCAUAUUUAUUUCCAAUGUCCAUGCAAGCUUGAAACUCAUCUAUGUGUGUAUGCAUUGUUUUGUUAUAACAUUUUGUAUUGGCUGUUUACCUUCUUAAUGCAGCAGAUUAAAUUCACUCACACCUGGAAUCACACAUUGUUGUCUUUUGCUGAUUUCUGUAAUAAACACUUUUCAGGA